UCUCGCUCCCCCCGCCGUCCAAUCAGAAGCGCGCAGCUCUUUGUUGUUGGCGAUGACAUGGAAAUAUUGUUGUUGCUGCUCGACGGCUGCGGAGAGACCGCUUAAGGCAGCACCGGGGCUUCAACGGGGCUUCAACGGGCUCACAGGCGCUUGUGAUUGUUCACCGGGAAGCAGCGCAGAUGUCGGUGAACAUGGACGAGCUGCGGCACCAGGUCAUGAUCAACCAGUUUGUUCUGACCGCUGGAUGCGCAGCGGACCAGGCGAAGCAGCUCCUGCAAGCGGCCCACUGGCAGUUUGAGACGGCUCUCAGCUCCUUCUUCCAGGAGGCCAACAUCCCGGGUCACCACCACCAGAUGAUGUGCACCCCCAGAAACACUCCCGCCACGCCGCCAAACUUCCCGGACGCCAUCACCAUGUUCUCCAAGCUGCGGGCGUCCGAGUGCGGCUCCGGCUCCUCCCAGGCGGCGUCCAUGGCCUGCCCCCCCCCGGCCUCCUCCUCCACGUCGGGGUUCGCCUCCUUCUGGGCCUCCUCGCCGCCCGGCCACCAGCCAGCCUGGCUGCCCCCGUCGUCGCCCACUGGCCACCACAUGCACCACCACUUCCACCACCACAUGCCACAGACGCCCAUGUGGCCCCCCGGGGUCUCCCAGACCCCCGGAGCCCAGCAGCCCCCCGUCGUGUCUGCGCUGCACGGCCAAAGAUGAGGAGGAGCGGUUUGGGGGUGGGGGUGGGGGGUGGUGAUGAUGGUGUUAGAGGGGAGGGGAGGGGGGGGCGGGGGGAAAGUGAAAAAAAAGACUGUUUUUCUAAACUCGAAGACUCAGCAAGAGACUCUUCCUCGUCGUCUUCAUCACGGGUCAUACAAGCUGAGGAAGAACAGUGAUGACGAUGAUGAUGAUGAGCAACAUGACUGAGUCUCUGUUCUUCAUCAUCAGUUCAAACAGACCCAGCAGAGAGAGGUGUGAUCGAUGGUUCAAAAGGGCUGGAGGCCUAAGAAGGGUUUGGGGUCUAAGAAGGGUUGGAGGGUCUAAGAAGGGUUGUGGGUCUAAGAAGGGUUGGGGGUCUAAGAAGGGUUGUGGGUCUAAGAAUGGGCUGGAGGCCUAAGAAGGGUUUGGGGUCUAAGAAGGGUUGUGGGUCUAAGAAGGGUUGGAGGGUCUAAGAAGGGUUGGGGGUCUAAGAAGGGCUGGAGGCCUAAGAAGGGUUUGGGGUCUAAGAAGGGUUGGAGGGUCUAAGAAGGGUUGUGGGUCUAAGAAGGGUUGGGGGUCUAAGAAGGGUUGGGGGCCUAAGAAGGGCUGGAGGCCUAAGAAGGGCUGGAGGCCUAAGAAGGGCUGGAGGCCUAAGAAGGGUUGGGGUCUAAGAAGAGCUGGAGGUCUAAGAAGGGUUGGGGGUCUAAGAAGGGCUGGAGGCCUAAGAAGGGUUUGAGGGUUCAAGGUCUCUGGAGGGUUUGAGGCCUCAGUAGAGUUGGGGGCCUCUGGUUGGAGGUCUCUGGAGGGUUUGAGGCCUCAGUAGAGUUGGGGGCCUCUGGUUGGAGGUCUCUGGAGGGUUUGAGGCCUCAGUAGAGUUGGGGGCCUCUGGUUGGAGGUCUCUGGAGGGUUUGAGGCCUCAGUAGAGUUGGGGGCCUCUGGUUGGAGGUCUCUGAAGGGUUUGAGGCCUCAGUAGAGUUGGGGGCCUCUGGUUGGAGGUCUCUGGAGGGUUUGAGGCCUCAGUAGAGUUGGGGGCCUCUGGUUGGAGGUCUCUGGAGGGUUUGAGGCCUCAGUAGAGUUGGGGGCCUCUGGUUGGAGGUCUCUGGAGGGUUUGAGGCCUCAGUAGAGUUGGGGGCCUCUGGUUGGAGGUCUCUGGAGGGUUUGAGGCCUCAGUAGAGUUGGGGGCCUCUGGUUGGAGGUCUCUGGAGGGUUUGAGGCCUCAGUAGAGUUGGGGGCCUCUGGUUGGAGGUCUCUGGAGGGUUUGAGGCCUCAGUAGAGUUGGGGGCCUCUGGUUGGAGGUCUCUGGAGGGUUUGAGGCCUCAGUAGAGUUGGGGGCCUCUGGUUGGAGGUCUCUGGAGGGUUGGAGUCUUCUGGUGUUUUGCCGUCUGAGGCACAAACAUCAGGAACGACAUUAAACGAAUCACCUGGAUGAGAACAUAGUCUCUGCUGCUCUUCCUCUGACCCAAACAAAGAUGGCUGCCAUCUGCAUUUAAUCUGAGCCACGCGAUAACGAGGCGGAGUCCUGAUGUCACUUCCUGUUUCAGCCUCCGAUCCUCAGAGGCGGAGUCAUGAGGUCACUUCCUCUUUCAGCCUCCAUCCUCAUAGAGGCGGAGUCAUGAGGUCACUUCCUGUUUAAGCCUCCAUCCUCAUAGAGGCGGAGUCAUGAGGUCACUUCCUGUUCAAGCCUCCAUCCUCAGAGGCGGAGUCCUGAUGUCACUUCCUGUUUCAGCCUCCGAUCCUCGAGACUCUACUUUAUAAUUCAGCUCCGACAAACUAAGUAAAACUACAACUUAUUUUUGUGAGCACAAAGAAACUACAGCUCCCAUGAAAAAGCACAAGAGCGGCCUGUGGGCUUCUGGGAAAUGGAGUCCGUGAAAGGCAGCUGGCAACAGAGAUAUUGAAUAAAUAACAAUAUAGUAUCGUUGGAUGCUGGUUAGCUUAUUUUUUAUGUUUAUUUGUGCACAGAAUCAGAUAAAGUUUACGUGAUCAAUGUAAUAAUUUCUAAAAAAUGUUAUCCAACAGAAUAUUCCACUUUAAUCUGUAUUUGUUGGCGUUCAGCCUUUAAAAAAAUAUAUUUUCACUGAAGAAGUUAUAUUUACAAAAGAGUUUACUUAAAAAAAAAAAAUAAAGUAAUUUAUUCAAAUUAAAAAAAAGAAGCUUUGGAUGUAAGAUUCUAACAUUUAUUCAAACUUGGGCUCUAUUUGAAUAUAUUGACGUUAUUUGAUAUCUUUUAUAUAAUAAUUCUCGCGCUGUACAAAGGAUCGAAGAUACGGUCGUUAGCCGUAAAAUACACGUUUGUUUGUUGCAGCAGACGGAAUAUUGUUUCAUCCAGAUGUGAAUACGUAGAACACCAUCAACGGGUUCAAAGGCAAUAAUUCAUUAUUUUAAGAGCUGUUUUUGUUACCAAUCAUUUCAGAGUAUGAACCUUUUUUAUUUUCAUGAUUUCUAGAAAGAAAACCUCAUCAAGAGAUUCAUUUCCUGUUUGUUAACAACGAGGCCGUUUUGUACAUAAAGACUCGAGAAACGCACAUUUUAAAUUCAAGAACGUCUGUCUCUCUGUCUGUCUGUCUGUCUGUCUGUCUCUCUGUCUGUCUGUCUCCCUGUCUCUCUGUCUGUCUGUCUCUCUGUCUGUCUGCCUGUCUGUCUCCCUGUCUCUCUGUCUGUCUGUCUGUCUCUCUGUCUGUCUGCCUGCCUGUCUGUCUGUCCCGACCUCAGUCUGUUUCUCAGACGAUCAGCUGUAUUCUGAUAACUGAUCCAUCACGGUGAACAUCAGCAUCAUGUUUCAAUCUGACACAUUGUUUCUUAUUAUGAAGACGAGGAAGAACAUAAAGCUCUUUUCCUUGUUUGAUUCAUUAUCAUUAUACCGUCACUAAAGUACCUCAAGGUACUUCCUUGAGUAUUAGUACAUGACUAUUAUGAUCUUUACUUUAAUGUGUCACUUUGCAUAUCUGCUCAUAAAUUAUGAUUCAUUAUAAUUAAAUCUCACAAUAACAAUUAUCUGAAACAUAAAUAAUACAGAAUAAGAACCGUCAGUGUCUGAGACUCCAUGGACUCACUGUGAUGGAUUACAGGGUCUGGGGACGGGUCGGUCCAGAACCAGCUCAGGGUCUGGGGACGGGUCGGUCCAGAACCAGCUCAGGGUCUGGGGACGGGUCGGUCCAGAACCAGCUCAGGGUCUGGGGACGGGUCGGUCCAGAACCAGCUGAGGGUCUGGUGACGGGUCGGUCCAGAACCAGCUGAGGGUCUUUGUUACUUCCUGUCACGUGCAGACGUUCUGAAAGCUUUUCUGUUUUCUCUUUACUUGAGAAGUACUUCACGUUCAUUUCCUCUGUUGAGAAGUUGUAUUUAUACGUUUAAUAAAAACAAGCUAUGAUGGA